GACGGCAGGGUUCCAGCUUCUGAGCCACCGCAGCUACUGUCUGAAGCCAAGAUGACGGACGCCCAAGUUGAAGUUGAGGAGAAGCUGCGUCGCAAGAAGGAGGAAGAGGAGGAGAUGUGGAGGGAAUACGCGGAGCAGCGUCGACUUCAGCGAUUGAAAGAGGAAGAGGAACUCCGUAAAUUGAAGGAACGCCAGGCUAAGCGCAGGGAGGCUCGAGCUCAACAAGAAAUGGCCCUGUCCGAGCAGAAGCGAAUCCAGGACGAGAAACGUCAGAAAGAGCUCGAGGAGAAGAAAGCUCGGGAAGCCGAGGCCAAGCGCAAGAGAUUGGAGGAAGCAGAGAGGAAGCGCCAGGCCAUGCAAGCCGCCAAGGAGAAGAAGGAUAACGAACCGGUGAAACCGAACUUCACCAUCAUGAAACGUGAAGACCUUGGCAACUUCGCCGCCCUCGGGGGGAGCGGUGUUUUCGGGAAAUUCGCGAACGUCAUGGCGGCCCGCGGCGAAAUGGGAAAAACUCGGGAACAGCUCGAGGAGGACAAGAGGGCGAUCAUGGCCAUGCGGGUCAAGCCUCUGGACUUCGACGGUUGCUCGGUCGAAGAUCUCAGGAAGAAAGCUAACGAGCUCUGGGAGCGUGUGAAGUCACUCGAAGCCGAAAAGUACGAUUUGGAAGAACGCCGAAAGGUUCAAGAAUACGAUCUGAAAGAGUUGGCUGAACGUCAGCGUCAGAUCAGUCGUAGCAAGGCUCUGAAGAAGGGUCUCGACCCCGAGGCUCUGCAGGGACCUCAUCCGCCGAAAAUCCAAGUAGCUAGCAAGUACGAAAGGAGGACGGAUCGGCGUUCUUUCGUUGACAAGAAAGAACUCUUCUCUGGUGGUAUCGAAGCUCAACAAGACGCGGAUCUCGAGAAACAAUGGGAAAACAAGCUGAUGACUUUCAAGGAGUCUUCGAGCGGCAAACUACCUUCUUGGGAUCCUGAAAACCCGAAAAACAAGGAAGUUCUCCGACGUCGCGGGCUCGACGAUGAUGAUGAGGAUGAUGAUGAACCCGUUUAUCAACCGCCUCCGACAAGGCAGCCGGACCCAGAGCCUAUUCGCCGAGCACCUCUGCCGCAGCAGGAAGAAGAAGAGGAGGAGGAGGAAGAGGAAGAGGAUGAAAAGGAGGAGGAAGAGGAAGAAGAGGAGGAGGAGGAAGAAUAGGCAUCGACCUAAGGAUCCAUCGAACCCACCUGGAAAUGGGCACCGGACUCUGGUUGACCUCAAGUUAUAAUUCUUCAGUUUGGAGUUUUCCUGUUAUCCAUGUAUUCGGAUCGAACUGAAUAUUCAGCGAAAUUAUGAGAGGAAAUUUUUGUUAUUGCUUAUCUGGAGAGUUCUGUCGAGGGAAAUGAAUCGAGCAUAGAA